AUGGCUGGAGGUCUACAGGACUGUGGCCUCGUACCCCCACCUUUGGCCCAAGCGCAAGAAGGCGUAUUAUUGGGAGAAACUUUCGAAGAAGAGGGAAGUGGAACAAUUUGGUCCGAUAAGCCACACAAAGAGUUCUGGACACUGUACAACGCUGUCCUCCAAGGUCACCACGAGAACCGCCGAAGCCAUGCCGAUAUCAACGCCCUCAGAAAGGCCUUACCUCUUUUCAAGUCACUGCGAAGCCUCGUUAUCAGUAACCGCACAGCCGAUGAUUGCUUCGACUCGGGCGCGCAGAGUGAAGAAUCGAGCAGCCCAGUUGUCAAGAUGUGGAGGCGUCUUGGAGUUUCCAAGCUCGAACGACCUCCUUUCCCGCCUAGAUGUGACUGGGUAGUAGGAUGGGACGAGCUCGCGGGAGCCAUGUAUCCAGAUUGGUUCUAUGAUGAAUUGGACAGACAGAUCAACGAAUAUGGACUACCACCUGCCAAUGGCGAGGUUAACAUGACACGCGACCCAGACGGCCAGUUCCCGGUGAGAGGAAAUCGCAUGAGCUAUCAGGAAGUCCACACUGCCUCGUCAUUUGACUGGACUGACUACAAUUGGCUGGAAUCGGAAUCGGAAGCAUUCUGCCACACCGUCGGGCAACAGGCUCGUGGUAUAUUCAUCGCUCUCGUGGUCCUCGGGAAUCCUCGCAUACAACUCACUGAAUUCAGGGUCGAUUCCUCUCUUGAGGUAUACCAGGCCCCACACCAGCCUGGUCUUUCAGUCCAACUUUUCAACAGUAACAAGUCGCCAUUCCUGCGACAACUUGUGUCUCCCUUCUCCACCUGCAACUUGGCCAAGUUCCAUCUUGUGCUGAGCAACUAUUGGGAUCCAAGUUUUGUUGGAUAUGUAGGCGGGUUCGCAAUUCAGAAUCGAAACAUCGCUGCCCUUCUUGCCUCCAUACCGCAAUUAGAGGAUCUUCUUCUCGAGCUACACGGUAUGUCGUUCUUUCUUGCGAUGCCGGCCGACAUCAAGUAUGACCGACUUCGACGCGUCGAGUUCAGCUGCGGAGAGAUAGCCCCCCUGGGGCUCGUCGAAUUUGUUCAGCGCCACGCCGCGACCCUCGAAACUCUUAGUGUCCAGUACUGCUGUAUUGAUCCGCAUCUUUUCGCCGAGACUUGGGAGGACGUUAUGCGAGAAAUCCAAAAGUUGCAAGAUGAAGGAACUCUGAAGAUUCACGAUGGGGAACUGGUCAAUGUUUAUGUCCAUCGGCCCUGUCGAGGUUGCGGGAAGAACCGUACCCUCGAGCUCGACGACACUGAUUCCCUGAUUUGCAGUCGGGAAUUUGGAUGCUUUUCGAAACGGAGGGAGUACCUUGAGCGGUCGUGGGACUUGCCGAGUAACGAUGAGGUCUGGGAUGAUGAGACCGGGAGCGAUGGAGAUAGUGAGGGUGAGGCUGGAGGCGAUGAGGAUGCAGACAACGAAGACGGCGAAAGCGAUUGA